AUGCGGAUAGGUCGUCCACGUCAGAGUGUCGUGGGAAGAUCUUCUUUCCGUAAUUGUGUAAGGGGACUUACUUACCAAGUUGGAUUUGUAAAAUACUAUUUGUCACCAUUGGAAACAUGUUCAAAAUGUCAAGCGAAGAUUUUCCAUCGUGAAUCAGAGAAUUUUUGUUGUGGUUAUGGAAAGAUAUCUUUGCAAUUGGUUGAGCCACCUUUAGCACUUUUGGAGUUAUUUGAUGAUCAAGGACCAAGAGGGAAACAGUUUAGGAUCAACAUCAGAUCUUAUAAUCGGUGCUUUGCGUUUACUUCGAUGGGGGUUUACUUUGAUAUGGAUCUCGCUGAUGGCACUGAAGGAGUUUAUACUUUCCGUAUUCAAGGCCAUCAUUACCGUAAAAUUGGUAGUCUUUUUCCUAUAGAGAAUGCUUCUCGACCACGAUACGUGCUAAUAUAUUUUUAUGACAGAAAUCAGGAGAUUGGGUGGAGGAUAAAGAAAGGUAAUGAUGUGUUGGAUAGAGAUGUCUUGAAAAUGUUCAGGGAAAUCUUAAACAGACACAAUAGUUUUUUCCAUGUUUUUCGUCAAGGUGCAGAACGAGAAGAUCUUUUGGAUUGUCAGUUGAUUAUCAAAGAGCAGCCUAAAGAUCAGUUGCAAUACACUCUUCCAACUGCUUCCCAGGUUGCAUCCAUUGUACCAAUAGGUGAUAAAAGUUAUGAACACACAAAACGUGAAAUAAUAGUGCAAGCAAGAACUAUGAAUCUCUUAAAGGUCUUUGAGACAGGUGGUAAUUACGAUCCUAUGCAAUAUCCUCUUUUCCUCCCUUAUGGAAGCUACGGGUGGGACAUAGAAAGCAAAGACAAUAAUGGAAGAAAGAAGUCAUGUCGUGGAUACUAUUCGUGUAUUCUGCAGAUGCGCAACAAUCAUGAUUCACUUUUUCUUCGGGGAGGAAGAUUGUUGCAACAGUACGUUGUGGAUAAUUGGGUUAAAAUUGACUCUGCUAGGUUCAGAUGGAUUACAGGUCAUCAAAAUAAAUUAAGGGCGGAACUCUACGAAGGACUACAAGAUGCACAAAUAGUGGGCGAGACCAUCGUAGACGAACUAAGUAAGAAUAUAGUACUACCUUCUUCAUAUAUUGGUGGGCUACGUGAUAUGUACCAACGAUACCAAGAUGCGAUGGCUUUGGUACAGAAAUAUGGGAAGCCUGAUAUCUUUCUUACGAUGACUUGCAAUCCACUCUGGCCCGAGAUCGUAGCUAACAUACGUCCCGGUCAAUCCGCAUCAGAUAGACCUGAUUUAACAACUAGGAAAAGAGGUUUACCUCAUGUUCAUAUGUUGAUUAUUUUGGAAAAAGAAGACAAGUUACAAGGUCCUGAUGAUUAUGAUCGCAUAGUUAGAACAGAAAUCCGUGAUAAGAAUAAAGAGCCCGAGUUGUACAAGCGUGUGAAGAAAUGGAUGAUAUAUGGUCCGUGUGGAAGCAAGUGCAUGCUGGAAGGAAAGUGCAAGAGAGGGUUUCCGAAACAGUUCUCGGAAUGUACCUUGCAAGGAAAAGAUGCAUACCCAGUUUAUCAGAGGAGAGAGGAUGGAAAUACUAUAAGAAUGAGUAAGAAAUUCAUAGCGGAUAACAGAUUUGUGGUUCCUUACAAUCCUUAG